AUGAAGCUAGUCGAAGUGCGGUUUAGUGGAGUGCACGUGCACCAGAUCCUUCUCUUAACAAUUCCUUCGUCGAGUCUUUUCUUCUCUCCCACAUUCGCAAUUGUACGAUACAAGGCGGUUUCUGUCUUGUUCUGCCCCCACCUUCAUGUCUAUCCCUCCUCGUCAAUGAUCCUUCAAUUGCGCGUCAGCGUGUGCUACCUACAUCGCCUCACACCAUCGGCAGUUUAGCACGCUGCACAGCCCCGGCAUUGUCGAUGUAUCAUGCCCGUAGGAGGGGCCCGAUCGACGCAAUGAUCGUC